AUGGCUGCCCAGAAGGUAUUGAUGCUUGGCGCGGGGUUCGUCACCCGGCCCACCCUCGACAUCCUCACUGAGUCCGGCAUUGCCGUGACUGUUGCCUGCAGAACCCUCGAGUCCGCCAAGGCUCUCUCCGCCGGUGUUAAGGGUGCCACCCCCAUCUCCCUCGACGUCAGUGACGAGAAGGCCCUCGAUGCUGAGCUCGCCAAGCACGACCUUGUCAUUUCCUUGAUUCCCUACACUUUCCACGCUGUGGUCAUCAAGGCCGCUAUCCGCACCAAGAAGCACGUCGUCACCACUAGCUAUGUCAGCCCUGCCAUGCUGGAGCUUGAUGAGGAGUGCAAGAAGGCCGGUAUCACCGUCAUGAACGAGAUUGGUGUUGACCCCGGUGUCGACCACCUGUACGCCGUCAAGACCAUUGAGGAAGUUCACCAGGAGGGUGGAAAGAUCAUUUCUUUCCUGUCAUACUGUGGUGGCCUCCCCGCCCCCGAGAGCUCUGGAAACCCUCUCGGAUACAAGUUCUCCUGGUCUCCUCGUGGUGUUCUGCUUGCCCUGCGCAACGCUGCUCGCUUCUACCAGGACGGCAAGAUCGUCGAUGUUGCUGGCCCCGAUCUGAUGGCUACCGCCAAGCCCUACCACAUCUACCCCGGUUUCGCCACUGUCGCUUACCCUAACAGAGACUCUACUCCCUACAAGGAGCGCUACAACAUCCCCGAGGCUCAGACUAUCGUCCGUGGUACUCUCCGUUACGCCGGUUUCCCUGAAUUCGUCAAGGUCCUUGUCGACAUUGGCUUCCUCGAUGACGUUGAGCAGGAUACCUUCAAGCAGGCCGGUGCCUGGAAGGACGUCCUGCAGAAGCAGCUUGGCGCUUCCGCCUCUGACGAGGAGACCCUGGUCAAGGCUAUCUCUGCCAAGACCAACUUCAAGGAUGAGACCCAGAAGCAGCACAUCAUCGGUGGACUGCGCUGGCUCGGAGCCUUCUCGGAUGAGAAGACCAUCCCCCGUGGAAACCCUCUGGACACCAUCUGCGCUACCCUCGAGAAGAAGAUGCAGUACGGCGAGGGCGAGCGUGAUAUCGUUAUCCUGCAACACAAGUUCGAGGUUGAGAACAAGGACGGCUCCAAGGAGACCCGCCUGUCCACUCUCGUCGAGUACGGCAGCCUGGACCCCAACGGCUACUCCGCCAUGGCCAAGCUUGUCGGUGUUCCCUGCGCAGUCGCUGUCAAGCAGGUCCUGAACGGUACCCUCUCUGAGAAGGGAGUUCUCGCCCCCAUGAACGGCAAGAUCAACAACCCUCUCAUCAAGGAGCUUAAGGAGAAAUACGGCAUUGCCUGCAAGGAAACUGUUGUUUAA